GGGUCACUGCAUUCCAUGCAGCGGGUAGGGAGUGAGGGGCGUGGUUGGCGUUUGCUUAGGCAAAAGCGGAGCAAUCGACUCGCUCUAUCCUCCUUCACUCAGGACUUCCUGAUCUCCCGUUCUCGUCACUGGAUUGGCCGCCAGAGGUUCGUCUACUCCCCGGGCCUGCGCGAUGCAGGACGAGAGAAGAGGAGGGUGGGCAACAUGGCGGCUACUGCGGCUGGUGUGGGCCGGCUAGAGGAAGAGGCGUUGCGGCGAAAGGAACGGCUGAAAGCCCUAAGGGAAAAAACCGGGCGCAAGGACAAGGAAGACGGGGAGCCCAAAACCAAGCAGCUCAGAGAAGGGGAGGAGGAAGGCGAGAAGCACAGGGAACUCAGGCUGCGGAACUAUGUCCCUGAGGAUGAGGACCUGAAGAGGAGGCGGGUGCCCCCAGCCAAGCCAGUUGCAGUGGAAGAGAAGGUGAAGGAGCAGCUGGAGGCCGCCAAGCCCGAGCCCAUCAUUGAGGAAGUGGACCUGGCCAACCUCGCGCCCCGAAAGCCUGACUGGGACCUCAAGAGAGACGUAGCUAAAAAGCUGGAGAAGCUAGAAAAGCGGACGCAGAGGGCCAUUGCCGAGCUGAUCCGUGAGAGGCUAAAAGGCCAGGAGGACAGCCUCGCCUCUGCAGUGGACGCUACGACGGAGCAAGAGGCCUGCGACUCCGACUGAGCUGUGUAUGACUACAGAAAAUCGGCGUGCACGGAGAGGGCAAAACCAACACCAUCACGCAUGACGGGCGCAUGAACAAAAGUUACAGAAUAUGUGAGGAGACCGGUGCCUUGAAGAAGGGGUACCACCCCACCAGGUGGAAGAGUUGAUCCCCAAGGAACUGAAACCAUGACCUCCUUACAGACUUUAAAAUGAACGUUGGUUUUCUCGCCGGAGAUAAAAGAGGCACCCAGCUUCCCUAACUCAGGAACUUAGGUAGGAGGAAGAUCUUGGUGGUAAUCUUGGAAACAAAGAAAGUUUAUUAAAAUAAGUGACACACACAGACACACACGCAUACGUAUGCACGCGCGCACACACACACACACACACACCAUAAGCAACUCACUGGAGGAGCUAAGUAAUAACAAUCGGAGGAGGGAUUGAUCAGUUUAAAGUUAGGCGGAAGCCCUAGAAGGCGGCAGUGAGAGCAGGUAGCUUGGCAAGUGGACAUAACUGCCAGGUGUCCGUGAGUGGGUGGGAGAUCGGGAAAAGAAAACCGGAGAAAAAAGGAAUGGCUGACCACUUCUGUCUCUGGCAUCCUGGGACUGCAAUGGCCCGAACUGAUCCUCCCUUUGCAAACAGCUAAAAAUACUAGGUAAAUAAAUAGUUACAACAAAUACUUUUAAAGGCCUCAGUGACCAGACAAGAAAGUAGAAAACACUCGAGCAAGAGGGUAGGAGAAGCAGCAGAAUGCUUAAGUCUGACCUCUGACUUGAAGGUAUGUGACAAGCGAGGUGAAACAGCAUUGGUUUUCGGGGUGCUCGGUGCCUGGGGCCAAGACAACUCACUACCUGUGCAUAAUGAGGGGUCUGGUACAAGAACCCUCCAGAAGGCUGGGGCUGCAAAGGGCAGAGCCCUCUGUGAACUAAUAAUAGAUCCGCUCCCUUGGCAUCCUAGAGGAAAACUGAUUCUUGGCACUGACUGGAAUGAAGAAAGGUCUCCUUUGAGAACUGAGCCAGCCCCCACAUGGGUUUGCAUGUGAGAAACCUCAAGCCAAGAAACAGAUCGAUAACCUAAAAUGAGAAGCUAAGAGAUAGGGAGGAUAGAGUGAGAAGAGCUACAUAACAUGUGAUUAGAGUUCCAGGAGAGAAAAAAGGCAAAAAGGAGGCAGAUGUUUUAUAUAUAUAUAUAU